AUGGUUGUUUGCAACAACGUCCGCACAUUGUCCCAGAUUUCAAGGUUUGAAAUCCCCUCACUUUUUGAGAAAUAUAGUAUAGUUGGUUUCUGUAAAGGCUUGUUCUGUCUAGCUAGUCGUGACAAUGAUCUUAAUCACAUUAUAUAUUUGUGGAACCCAAGUGUUAGAAUGUUUAAGAAGCUUCUAGCUACUUCCUUUACUGACAAGGACACCACCUCCAUUAUUGGACUUGCUUAUGAUUCUCAAAACAAUGACUUCAAGAUUCUUAGACUUGUGUCUUUGGACAAGAGGCCGAAGCUGAGAAUUACAGCUUUGCACACUGUAGCAAUCACUUGUUGCCACAGUUUUAUUCUGUCCUUUGACAUCAGUGAUGAGAGCUUCCGUGAGAUAGUGUUGCCUCCUAAUCACUUGGAUAGAUUGCCUGUAAAUUUUGCUGAACUUGCAGUGUUCAAGGGAUCACUGGCUGUUUUCGUUUUCGUUCAUGGUCGUCGUGGUAUCUUAUGCCACAUAUGGGUUAUGGAGGAGUAUGGUGUGGCCGAAUCUUGGACUAGAAAAUAUAUGGUACCAAUGACUUGGGUUUGGGAUGGUUAUUUCUUUGGCUGCACUGAUGACGGUGAACUUCUAAUUAAGAAUGCCACUGGGCCGGUUUCAAUUGACCCUGAGAGUCCAAAUCAGAACAUUCUUGCAAUUGAAGAUGCUGAUUGGAUGGGUUUCACAGCUAAUUCAAUGGAGAGCCUGAUUUUACUUGAUGGGGGAAAGUAA